GCUAUGGCAAGCUGGACAUCAUGCGCCUGCUACUGGAGGCCGGCGCCGACGCCAACGCCGCGGACUCGUACGGAGUGGCCUCCUUGCACAUCGCGACUCGCUUUGGCCAGCUGGACAUAAUGCGCCUGCUACUGGAGGCCGGCGCGGAUCCAAACGUCGCCAAGAAGAAGAGCGGGAAGACGCCGCUGAUGAUGGCGAUGAGAUACGGCAAGGACGCGGUGGUGCAGAUGCUGCUCUCACACGGCGCCGACGCCAACGUCGCGGACUUGCAAGGACAGACCUCCCUGUACCACGCGGCUCGCUUUGGCCAGCUGGGCAUAAUGCGCCUGCUACUGGAGGCCGGCGCGGAUCCAAACGCCGCGGACUCGUACCGACAGACCUCCCUGUACCGCGCGGCUUGCUUUGGCCGGCUGGACAUCGUGUGCCUGCUACUGGAGUCCGGCGUCGACGCCAACGCCGCGGAUUUGUACGGACGGACCUCCCUUUACCACGCGGCUUGCGAUUGCCAGCUGGACAUCAUGUGCCUGCUACUGGAGGCCGGUGCAGAUCCAAACGCCGCCGAGACGCAGACCGGGAAGACGCCGCUGAUGAGGUUUGGUAUAGCUAGGACUUCACGGUCGAGUGUGGAAUCUGCUGUGCAUAUACCAGUCCUACACAAGCUUCGAAAAGCCAUUCCUGACACAGCGCGUGUGAAGAUACAAGAUGUGGACAGCCCUAUCACCAAAUGUGCCUGUGAACUGCACUGGACCCUCACGCAACAGAAAGACGCACAGUGCGUGCGUACAGUUGGGAAAAGAAUGUCAGACCUGCAUGCUGCCUGUUCACGUGGGGACGUUGAGAAAGUGUUAGAACUUCUGCGAGGUGGAGCGAAAACAUCGAGCGUGGACGUACGCAUGGAGACGCCUCUCCACGUCGCCUGCGCACUUUCGCGGGACAGGACGGAAGAGAAGAUGGAGAUUGUGAAACAGCUGCUGCUGCAUGACGCGCCGCUGAAAGAGGAGAAUGAGCGCGGGCAAACGCCUCUCAUGCUCGCCUGCGAAACAGCCAGCGCGAAUGUUGCAGCCGUGCUGCUAGACAAUGGAGCGGACCUGUGCUCGCGUUACCGUGGCAACGAAACGAAGUGGCACGCAGCCGUGGCCGGCGGGAACGCGCAGAAGAGUGGAGAGACGCCGCUGAUAAAGACGGUGAUGGAGGGCGAGGAGGCGAUGGCGCGGAUGCUGCUCUCACACGGCGCCGACGCCAACGCCGCGGACUUGUACGGACGGACCACCCUGUACUACGCGGCUUACUAUGGCCAGCUGGACAUCGUGCGCCUGCUACUGGAGGCCGGUGCAGACGCCAACGCCGCAGACUCGUCCGGACAGACCUCCCUGUACAAAGCGGCUCGCGUUGGCCGGCUGGACACCAUGCGCCUGCUACUGGAGGCCGGCGCAGACCCCAACGUCGCCGAGACGCAGAUAGGAGAGACGCCGCUGAUGAUGGCGAUGAGGACCCGCAAGGAGGCGGUGGCGCGGAUGCUGCUCUCACACGGCGCCGACGCCAACGACACGGACUCGUUCGGACAGACCAUCCUGUACCAUGCAACUUGCUCUGGCAAGCUGGACAUUAUGCGCCUGCUACUGGAGGCCGGCGCCGACCCCAACGUCGCCGCGACGGAGAGCGGACAGACCUCCCUGCACAUGGCGGCCAAAUUUGGCCCGCGGAACAUGGUGUACCGGCUAAUGGAGGCCGACGCUGAGCCGGAAGAAAGGGGGCGUAUCACCGAGUUGAUCUACACCUGUAAUCGAUUUCGAACCGAGAUGAUUACUCACCUCUUGAAACACGGAGCUGACCCGAACCUCGUCGAUUGGAACAAGAGGACACCGCUCGCUAUAAUAGGCAGCCGGGUGAGAAGCCACAGAAUGAGUGAUCGAGCAGCACAAGCGGAUUCAGCAGCACAAGCGGCGUCAGCUCUUCUAGAGACGUGCGAGUCCGCCGGCGUACGUCUAUACAGGUUAACACACGCGACAGCGAGGGCGACACCCCGCUACACAGCUUCUGUAGGAUGAUGCUCGCAUGCAAAGACGAUGUUUACGCGCAAGAGAGGGAGGGGUGCGUGCAGAUAGUGCACGCGCUGCUGUUCAGCCACGGUGCACACGUCGACGUGGUAAACGCACUGGGAGAGACGCCAUACAAUCUCUGGCGCCGGAUUUACCCGACACGUUUCCGCGGCAACGUGGAGUCGAGCGACGAGAUACAUGGCAGAAUGAGCGCGCAGUAUCAUUCACUGAAGUGCCACUGCGCGCGCUUUAUCGUCAGACACAGCAUUGCAUACGAGAACAAGCUGCCUCCGAGUCUCAUAGAAUUUGUCAGGGCACACGCUAGACCAACGUAGGUGACACUAAGCGUGUUAACCGAGGAAGCCCAUGUAGAAUCGGAGAUGCGAUAACCCAGAAGAUAUUAUCAAUACUUGGUAGAUCUAUGUUCUAAAUGUUGCACGUGUUGGCAGACGUGUUUCAUUGCAAUGUAAAAUCGAGUAUAUUUAGUAACACUAUUCAGUUUAUAUAGAAAUGUGUAGAUUAUCGGUAUGAUGCCUUGGUGAAUUGGGGCGAUUUAAUAACCACGAGUGCAAAUGUUAAAAGUUUGCAAAUCAUUUUGCUCUGUAAAAAAACUCUAAAGGCUUAGUUGGGUUCAGAAUAUUAAAAAUAAAUAAAAAUAAAACAAAUAUUUUACCAUGAAA